AUAUUUAAUCAGACCCAUUAAAAAUGUGACGAUGUUUUAUCAGUCCUCGGGUGGCAUUAGACCUGGCCACACGUGUCAUCGUGAGCGACGCACUGUCAAGAUGAUCAAGCUGCUGAUUCUACUUUUGAUUGGGGUAGUGGCAUUUCUACCGAUAUACCUGCUGUACUUGAAGAGCCCCCCUCCACUACCCGAGGUUGAUCUCAACGAGUGGUGGGGGCACGGAGAACCCAAGGAAGACACAGCCAUCAAGCCUUACAAGAUCAAAUUUACUGAAUCAGUAAUAAAGGACCUUAAGGAUCGCCUUAAAAGCCGCCGUCCUUUCACACCUCCGCUUGAAGGCGUCGCCUUCGAGUAUGGCUUCAACACCAACACCUUGGACUCCUGGGCUACGUACUGGUUGGAGAAGUACAACUUCACGGAGAGAGAGAACUUCCUGAACCAGUACCCACAUUACAAAACCAACAUACAAGGACUGAACAUCCACUUCAUCAGAGUUACGCCUAAGGUUCCAGCAGGCAAGCAACUGGUGCCCAUGCUUCUCCUCCACGGCUGGCCUGGCUCCGUGAGAGAGUUCUAUGAAGCCAUCCCUCACCUGACUGCCGUCAGUGAAGACAGGGACUUCGUGCUAGAACUGAUCAUACCGAGUCUACCAGGCUAUGGACAUUCUGAGGCUCCAGUGAGACCAGGAUUAAACCCACUCACAAUGGCAGUGAUCUUCAGGAAUCUGAUGCAGCGGCUCGGUUUCCAGAAGUACUAUAUCCAAGGUGGCGAUUGGGGUGCCAUUAUUACAUCUAAUAUAGCAACACUAUUCCCAAAGGAGGUCCUUGGUUACCACUCAAAUUUCGUAUCCUCAAUGACACCGACCGUUACCAUCUUCCGAUUGUUGGGUUCGAUUUAUCCUCCUCUAGUGGUAGAUCGAGAGCUAGCUGAUCGUUGGUACCCGCAGUCAGAGGUCUAUGGCCAACUGAUAGAAGAGACCGGCUAUCUGCAUAUACAAGCUACAAAGCCCGAUACUGUUGGUAUAUCUUUGCUGGACUCCCCAUCGGGACUCAUGGCUUACAUUGUGGAGAAAUUCUCAACUUGGACUAGGAAGGAACACCGGUCGAAGGUCAACGGCGGACUCGAGUUCCGAUUCACCAAAGAUCAGUUGAUUGACAACCUGAUGAUGUACUGGACCACCAGAUCCAUAAUCACUUCCAUGAGGCUAUACGCAGAGUGCUUUAGCAAGAAAUACAUGGCCUUGAAGAUUGAUGAAAUUCCAUCGAAAGUCCCAGCGUGGACCAUACAGGCAAAGAACGAACUGUCAUACUUACCUCCAUGGCUGAUCAAGUUAAAAUACCCAAAUCUACUGAAAGCUAAUCCUAUAGAUGACGGCGGUCAUUUUCUGGCUCUGGAACUACCUCAGGUGUUUUCUGAAGAUGUCCUUAAUGCAGUCCAAGCUUUCAGACAAUGGCACAAGAGCAAUAAUGUUAAGACUGACUUGUAAAAUACCGCUAUAUUAAUAGUUUAUAAUAAACCGUUUAAUUAAUAAUUCAACUACUAGAUUUGUAUAUCUAAAGAAAAAAAUAUUAGAAAUAAUUGCACAUGGUCUAAGUGGUGCCUAGUGGACCUGGACGAAGUUGAAUUUAUUCUAAUGAAAUUUUCUUUAGAUGUCUGAAUCGGAUGCUUGUAAAAAUGUAAAUGUUAAAAUAACAAAAAUUUUCAUAAAAAGUAAUUAGUGGUCAUGCAUUUUAUUAAACGGCUAGUGGUCCGCCCUCGUUUUGCUUCGGUCUAUCUCUAUUUAACUGAUUUUGUUGCGUAGUCUAGGACUCGUUGUUCCAAAUGCACCAUUGCUCUGCUGUCAAAAAGAUUGUUCCCUUUACCAUGCCAUGCCCAUAUUAUUUAACUUUUAUAGGACGCAGUGUUUUGUACACAUCCAUCACAGUUAUCACAAUAAAACUCACAACUCAAAAUGAAAAUUAUUUGUUCAGUGUAGGCUGUUAUAAGCUGUUGUGGACGUCAACUCAAUGAUAACUUUUGAAUGCUAUGGAAUAGUAAAAAAAAAGGUAAAUUUAAAAAAUCAAAAAACCCGACUGCUUAAUUAUACUUCAAAUAAAAACUGAAAAGAAAAAAACAAGUCCAGUAGUCUAUAAUUCUGUUAAUAAGGAACAAAGCUACUUUAACAGUCGGGACCCA